AUUUUGCAAGUCAACCAUGAAGUUGCUCCUCUUCCUGCUUCUCGCCAUCUCCUCCAGCAGCGGCCAGCUCAGUCCUAAUGGCCGGCAACAAGUUUUAGACUUCCACAACAAACUACGAUCCCAAGUUGCAUUGGGUGUAUUCUCAGCUAACGGAACGAUUAAGCCGCCAGCAAGGAAUAUGGAACGGCUUACUUACGGACAACAGUUCGAAAGACUGGCUCAGGACUAUGUAGCGGAUUGUCCAGAUGGAUUGGAAAUCCCAAUCGGGAGAAACAUCGGGAUGAACUACUACACAACUAAGGUUGAUGAAACUUACAACUCGAUGGAUGAAUAUGUCAUAGAUGCUUUAAACGAUUGGGCCGAGGAGUUCCAGGUGAACGGGUGGCUCAGCACUAUCUACAACGACACCAGCAUCUCCGCAGCCAGUCAGAUGGUAUGGGCCGGGACCAAAUACGUGGGCUGUGGUGUGAAACGCUGUGACCCCAUUAAUGUAGUCGUGGUUUGCAUGUACUAUCAGCAAGGAAAUCUAGUCGGACGCCCGAUCUACAAGGAGGGUCCGCCGUGCACUGCGUGUCCACCGAUGAGGAUUUGUCCCGGGCAGAAGGAGUGUUGUGACAGGGUCAUGGGGCUUUGUACGUAG